AAAAAGCCGGGCCCUAAGAGGGAGCCCAAAUCCCUAAAAUUGGCCCUGAAACGUCCACUUAUUAUACGCACCCCCAAGAUCGUCCAUUGUUCUGUCAUACAGACUCUACACUUGCAGAACCAGCGUGCUUCGGAGUUCGAGUAUCAAGUAGCGAUUCACUUAUUCAGAACAAAAUGGUUAUUCCUCCACCGGUCAGACCAGAAAGAAUCACAAAGUUUCUUAAACCAUAUGUCUUGAAGAUGCACUUCACAAACAAGUACGUGACGGCACAAGUAAUCCACUCGCCAACUGCUACAGUCGCCUCUGCUGCAAGCUCACAGGAGAAGUCUCUGCGGUCGAGCAUGGAAAAUACCAGGGACGUUGCGGCUGCUUCCAAGAUAGGGAAAAUUCUUGGAGAGCGCCUGCUGGUUACGGGUGUCCCUGCUGUUUCUGUUUUUCUGAAGAGAGAUCAGAAAUAUCAUGGAAAGGUGAAAGCUGUGAUCGAUUCCUUGACCGAAGCAGGCAUUAAACUGGUAUAAACUAAUUCAGAUGAGUUUAAUCGGUUAACUAUUUUCCUCCUUUGGAACAAUAGUUUAGCUCAUGGAUUUUCUGAUUUAUGGGAGGAAAAUUCAAAUGUGCUUAUUAUUAUUAUUCAUCUUUGUUGAUGCUCUGUGUGUGUGUGUGUGUGUGUGUGUGUGUUUCCUUUCUAUGGUGUUGUUGAACAGAUGGGCAUGGAAUAUGAAUAUGAAUUGAAGCCAUGGCUUUUACAUUAUUGCUUAA